AUGAUGCUCGCAACAAUCUCACGCCCCUGCUGGCUUGGCAAUAGGCCCAGUCAAGCGCGUGGUCACGAUGCUCGUGGUCACGAUGGUCUCAAUCACGACGCUCGUGCUCACGAUGCUCGUGCUCACGAUGCUCGUGCUCACGAUGCGCUAGCUCACGAUGCUCGUGCUCAUGAUGCGCAUGCUUACGAUGCUCGUGGUCAUGCUGCGCGUGGUCACGAUGCUCGUGCUCACGAUGCUCGUGCUCACAAUGCUCGUGCUCACGAUGCUUGUGCUCACGAUGCUCGUGCUCACGAUGCUCGUGCUCACGAUGCUCGUGCUCAUGAUGCUCGUGUCACGAUGCUCGUGCUCACAAUGCUCGUGCUUACGAUGCUCCUGGUCAUGAUGCGCGUGGUCACGAUGCGCAUGGUCAUGAUGCUCGUGCUCACGAUGCUCGUGCUCACGAUGCUCGUGCUCACGAUGCUCGUGCUCACGAUGCUCGUGCUCACGAUGCGCGUGGUCACGAUGCGCGUGCUUACGAUGCUCGUGGUCACGAUGCUCGUGGUCACGAUGCUCGUGGUCACGAUGCUCGUGGUCACGAUGCUCGUGGUCACGAUGCUCGUGCUCACGGUGCUUGUGCUCACGAUGCGCGUUCUCACGAUGCUCGUGCUCACGAUGCUCGUGCUUACGAUGCUCGUGGGCAUGAUGCGCGUGGUCACGAUGCUCUCGCUCACGAUGCUCGUGCUCACGAUGCUCGUGCUUACGAUGCUCGUGUUCAUGAUGUGCGUGGUCACGAUGCUCGUGGUCACGAUGCUCGUGGUCACGAUGCUCGUGGUCACGAUGCUCGUGGUCACGAUGCUCGUGGUCACGAUGCUCGUGGUCACGAUGCUCGUGCUCAUGAUGCUCAUGAUGCUCGUGGUCACGAUGCUCGUGGUCACGAUGCUCGUGCUCACGAUGCUCGUGCUCAAGAUGCGCGUGGUCACGAUGCGCGUGCUCACGAUGCUCGUGCUCACGAUGCUCGUGCUCACGAUGCUCGUGCUCUCGAUGCUCGUGAUCACGAUGCUCGUGGUCACGAUGCUCGUGGUCACGAUGCUCGUGGUCACGAUGCUCGUGGUCACGAUGCUCGUGCUCAAGAUGCGCGUGGUCACGAUGCGCGUGCUCAAGAUGCUCAUGGUCACGGUGCUUGUGCUCACGAUGCGCGUGCUCACAAUGCUCGUGCUUACGAUGCUCGUGGGCAUGAUGCGCGUGGUCACGAUGCUCGUGGUCACGAUGCGCGUGCUCACGAUGCUCGUGCUUACGAUGCUCCGUUGCGCUGUUGCGAUUUAUUACAUCGUAUUCACGAUGCUCGCUAGUCACGAUGUCGCUGGUCACGAUGCUACUCACGAUGCUCGCUAG